AUGAUGUCUUUUGCGCAGGUUGCGAAGCGCGGGGUCGUUGGCGGACUGCGGCAGCAGGUGUUGGCCAAGCGAGCCUUCCACCCCUCACCCCGUUCUUCCGCACUGAGCAAAUUCGCCAUGCCCGCCAUGUCGCCCACGAUGACGGAGGGUGGAAUCGCUAGUUGGAAAAAGCAGGAGGGGGACUCGUUUACGGCCGGUGAUGUGUUGGUGGAGAUUGAGACGGAUAAGGCGACGAUUGAUGUAGAGGCGCAGGACGAUGGGGUCUUGGUCAAGAUUAUCUCCAACGACGGCGCCAAGUCCAUUCAAGUCGGAACCCCCAUCGCCAUCCUCGGUGAAGAAGGGGACGACGCCUCAGGUGCCGACGCACUCAUCGCUGAAGGCGCCGACGCCGCCUCCGCCCCUCCACCCAAGAAGGGCGAGGAGUCAUCCUCCGCCUCCUCGUCUUCCUCUUCCGGCACCGCCUCGGGAGGAACCGACUCCACACCGACCUCGGCCGAGCCCAAGUCCGAGACCGGCUCGGGAUCGUCCAAAUCGACCGCUGCGUCCCAAAAGGACGCGUCGCAGGCUGGCGGCGCGCCGGCGUUGGCCACGCCAGCGGACGAGACCAAGUAUGGGUCUGGGAAUGCCGGGACGGGCGCGCAAAAGGCGCCAGAGCUCGGUGGGGAUAAGCCGAAAUUCUUUGCGAGUCCGCUGGCGAGGAAGAUUGCGCUCGAGAAGGGGGUGCCGUUGGGGAGUGUCAAGGGGACUGGGCCAGAGGGGCGGAUCACCAAGGACGACGUGCAGAAGUACUCCGGCGGUUCCGCAUCCGGAACAACGACCUCCGCAAAUGCCACCACCCCCACCUCUGGCAAGUCGGCCACUCCGGGCCAGGCCGCACCGGUUGCGCCCGCCGAGUACACCGAUAUCCCCACGACGAGCAUGAGGAAGACGAUCGGGAAGCGGUUGACGGAGAGCAAGCAGCAGUUGCCGCAUUACUACUUGACGGUCGAGGUGAACAUGGACCGCGUGAUGAAGCUCAGGCAGAUGUUCAAUAAGGCCGGAGAAGGCAAGACGAAGUUGUCGGUCAAUGACUUCAUCGUCAAGGCCGCUGCUCUUGCCCUUGCUGAGGUGCCCGAGGCGAACUCUGCUUGGCUCGGCGAUGUCAUCCGACAGUACAAGCGCGCCGACAUCUGCGUGGCCGUCGCCACCCCCAAUGGCCUCAUCACCCCCAUCAUCAAAGACUGCGGCGCCAAGGGUCUCGCGGCCAUCUCGGCCGAAACAAAGGCGCUCGCCGGCCGCGCACGCGAAUCCAAGCUCAAACCCGAAGAAUACCAGGGCGGAACAUUCACCAUCUCCAACUUGGGCAUGUUUGGCAUUAACGAUUUCACGGCCAUCAUCAACCCGCCCCAGUCGUGUAUUCUGGCGAUUGGCGCGACCAAGACGCAGAUGGAGGUGGAUGCGUCCGAGGAGAAGGGGUGGAAGGCGGUGCAGGUGAUGAGGGCGACGUUGAGCUCGGAUCAUAGGACGGUAGAUGGGGCGGUGGGGGCGCGGUGGUUGAAGGCUUUCAAGGAGUAUUUGGAGCAGCCGUUGACUUUUAUGCUUUAG